GUGGUUGUGACCUGUCAAGUCAAUGUGUACUCUGCUGCUGGUGUCUCAGGCGGGCUGUGGACUGUGAAUACCCCCAGCAGUUCAAGACACCAUUACCAAAGGAGCAGUCUGUGAGAUGCCAGCCCUCUGGACUGUGUCGCCUCCGUAGAGACAACAAGUCUCUCUCUCUAUGCUUGGAAAAGUGCAAAACCUCUGAACACUACAAACCUAUUGGAGAACGUCAGCUCCCUUUGUACCUGAAAAAUCUUUUUACACAUUUCCCAAAAGCCAGCAUGCCUGCUGAACACUGCGAGGUGUCUGAACUAAUUGAAGCCAUGGAAUCAAGCGAGCCUUCUGCACAAUCUGCUGAACCCUGCAUCAUUUCGGACAAAAUAAACAACUCUUUGGACUAUACUGAACACCAGAAGGUCAAUGGACAAAUGGAUCCCGCUGUGCAGAUUGUCGAUCAUUACAGCAUGAAUGGAGAACAUGCAGAAGAGAGCAAACCUUUUGUCCAUUAUAAUGGACAUUCUGGGGCGGUUGAGCAAUGCAUCAACAAGCCUUGUGAGGACUAUCCUGUUCUCCACAAGCACACUAAUCAGUAUAAGUCUUCUGAGUUAAGCAAAUCAUUUGAAGAAUGUUCUCAACAUUGUGAGUGCUUUGACUUCAGUAAGUCUUCUGAGCACUAUGCUAAUGACUGUCUAGCUUCUGUAUUUAGCCAACACUGUGAACAUUUCACAGAAUGCUUCCAGUCAUCUGAACAAUGCAAGUCUUCUGAUCAACACUGUAAGUCCUUUGAGUCAAGCGAACCUGCUGAAAACUCUGAAUUUGUAGAGCAAUGUAAGAUAUCUGACUUCAUACCUGACAUCUCUGAAUCCAAUGAAUCAAAAAUAUCAUUUGAGCACUAUACUGGAAUUUGUGAGUAUUCAGAAAAAUACAAUCAUAUUGAUGACCCAACAGAAUAUAAUGAGACUACAAAGCCAAUUGAUGAGGAUUUAAAGCCCUCUGAGCCAACAUUUCAACAAAUUGAAAUCUGUGGGCUUUUUGACUCUGAGUUUUGCAUAAUAUUAGAACCUAUACAUUCUUCAGAUAUGAACAUGCCUUCUCAACACUAUGCUGAACAAGAUUCUCCCAAUGAAAGUAGACAUGUCUCUGAAGUUCAUGAACCUUCUGAGCAAACUCUGCUUGUUGAACAAAGCAAUCAUCAAUCUGCUGAAUAUGAUAUGCCCUCUGAGCACUGUGAACUGCAAAACACUGUCUAUGAGCAAAGAGAGACAAGUGUACAGUGUGAGCUCUCUGAGCGAUUUAAUUCUUGUGAGAGCUAUCCUUGUGAACAUGAAAGCACAAAUGACAAAUGCUAUGAGCCUAGCAGUUCAUUUUAUUAUGAGGAAGACAAGUCUUCUGAGUGCUCAUCCAUUGAAACAAGGUCUUUUGAAUCUUUGAUUUAUGACAGUAUAAAUUCAGACCCAUUAACUGAUUCAGCUGAAUCCUAUGAAGCAUUGGUGGAAGAAGGAGCACAGGACAAAUCCAGUUCAGAUAUAUGGGAAUCAUUUGAUAAUUGUGCAGUUGUGGUAGAAUGUGAGGAAAGCAAUGCUGAUGAAGACAAACCUCACUCGGAUGCAGUCGUUGUUGAGGAAUUCUUUGACUUAUUUGAUAAAGAGGAUACUUAUACUUUUGCCCAAAGGCGACCUUAUACCUCCUGUUUUGAAGGGGGAGGGGUGCAUGAGCUGUUUUUUGAACAACGCAAAACUCAUGUGUCCAUUAUGAAUGAGGAAGAAACACAAAUGCCCUGCGCCAAAAAAGGGCUUGAAGUUUUUAGUCAAGAAGUGGAAGAAGUUGAUGAAUCUUAUGAUACUUGUGCUGAGGAUGGACAAUUUAAUGUAGACUGUGCUGAUGAUGAGACAUCCACCUCUGGAUCCUUUGCAGAUGAGGAAUCAUGUGAAUCUUGUUUUGAAGAAGCCACAGCUUAUGAAGUUGAGUUUUAUGAAGCUUUUGUAGCAGAAGACAAUGCUAUUGAGGCUGAGGCCUAUGAGCCCUUUGUUGAGGAAGAUGAACUUUGCAUUGCUGAAAAUAAAGCUGGUGACGCUCAGGCCAAUGUACCCUUAGUUGAUGAGGACAACAAGUACGACGAACACAGUGCAGAGGAAGCAUCUCAUGGAUCCUCUUCUGAUGUGUCUUCUGUUGAAGAUGAGGAAGCAUAUGAGAGCCAAAAUGAUCAAACUUAUGAACCAUGCUUUGAAGAAGAGAAAACUUGUGAUGAAGAAUACCAGACAAUAUGCGUCGCAGAAGACGAAUUAUACAAACAAUAUGCUGAAGACAAAGCUUAUGGAUCCUAUGGGCCGUGUGAUAAAGAUUGCGAUGCAUAUGACAGUGAACAUACACAAUUUUCUACCGAAGAGGAAGAUAAUGCACUAUGCACUGAGGCCUGUGAACCAAGUGCUGAAGAGCACCAUGAAUAUCAAAGUGAAGCCAAUGAAUCUAAUGUUAAUCAAGAAGCUAAUGGAUUCUGUACUGAAGAAGACUCUCAUGAUCAGUGUAAUGAAGAAAUGGAUUAUGACAGCACUCCUGAGACACAUUUUAAAGAUGGAGUCUGCACUGAAGAGGGAAAGAAUGAUGCACCAUGUGCUGAGGAGAAUGAAUCCCCUGAAUCAUUUGAGGUUAUAACCAAAGACACUGCAUUAUGCACUGAAGGAAGCAAACCAGCUAUGCCUGAUGGUAUUGAAUUCAAUGGGGAUCAAACUGAUUCCUCCACAACCUCUUCCGAAGAGAUAGAUGAGCAAAACAAGUCAUCUGAAUUGUGUGAGCAGCUAAACACACCAUAUCUGUCUCAGAACUGGGAUGAACACAAUGGUGUAUCAGAGCAUCUCCAACGCCCAGAGUCAGAGGACCUUUCAGAGCAGGUGUCUGAGAAAACAAGCCUCCCUCUUGAUGGUGCUGAACAUAGUAAAGACUCCAUAGACCGCGAGCCACUUGCACAUCACGCCGAACAAACAGAGCCCUCUGAACAAAGUGAGCUGGAUGAGAAAAUUCAGUUGCAUGAAUUUUUUAAGAUUGUGGCCUCUGAACAACUAAGUGAGGAGUCUGAGGAGGAGCUGAGUGACGAUGAGUCCUUUGAGUCCUGUGAAUGCGAGUACUGCGUCCCACCUAGAGAACAGGUCUCGGCAAAACCUCUGCUACCUCAAAUCAAGUCACAAGACUCAGGGAAGAUCUGUGUGGUGAUUGAUUUGGAUGAAACAUUAGUGCACAGUUCAUUCAAGCCCGUGAACAAUGCUGAUUUUAUCAUUCCAGUAGAAAUUGAUGGAACAGUUCACCAGGUGUACGUGUUGAAACGACCCAAUGUGGAUGAGUAUCUCAAAAGAAUGGGGGAGUUGUUUGAGUGUGUUCUGUUCACUGCCAGUUUAUCCAAGUAUGCCGAUCCAGUCUCCGACCUGCUGGAUAAAUGGGGUGCCUUCCGACACCGUCUUUUCCGGGAGUCCUGCGUGUUCCACCAGGGAAACUAUGUUAAAGACCUGAGUCGGCUGGGCAGGGACCUCAACAAAGUCAUCAUUGUAGACAACUCCCCAGCCUCCUACAUCUUCCACCCUGAUAAUGCUGUCUCGCCCAUCUUCCACACUUAUCCCCUGGGUCCCCGUAACAUCCUGGUUUGACGACAUGGCCGACACAGAGCUACUAGAUCUCAUCCCAUUCUUCGAGAGACUAAGCAAAGUGGAAGAUGUCUACGAUAUUCUCAAGCAGCAGAGGACUGCAAGCUAGUGCGUAAUAAGACACUGGCGGCAACUUUUCACCACAUGGGGGCCAUAGAGGAAGCUGGUGGGCAACAGGCUUUAAGUUUCUUCCCACUAGAAGAACCUGCUAGUGUCUCGGUCAUUGUCAUCCUCCAAAUUCCAUUCACACAAAACGUGAUAGAGAGGCCACUCAGUUUGGCACAGAGACGGAACAAUGAGGACCUGCUUUAUGGCAAACAUUGAAAAGAAUAGUUUCAGUUAUUUUUUCACAUUCGAUGCGGUAAUCACCUCUUGGUUAUGACUUUUCGCCCUGAAGACAAGGUUAAGCCAAGCCCUUUUUCAUGGAACGGUGAUCAUUUAACCAGGCGAUAAUGUCCUUUUUGCAAACUAAUUGGUGAAUACGAUAUACAAAACAAAGGGGUUUCAUCUUGAGAUGAAGAUAACUCAACCCAUUCCCACGUUUUAAUAUAUUUUACCCAAAAUGCCUAAGUAAGGGCAUACUUAACAACAAUCAUUCAAAGAUUAUUGUUUCCUAAAAUAUCCUGCUGUACCACAAGUAUAAUGCUAAAAAAAAUAUCAUCCCCUUUUAACCGAACAUUAUAUCAUGUGUUUUUUGCAACAUGACAUACUAUUAUUGGAAAUUAUUCACUACAACAUACACACUCGUGUGUGUGUGUGUGUGUGUGUGUGUGUGUGUGUGUGUGUGUGUGUGUGUGUGUGUGUGUGUGUGUGUGUGUGUGUGUGUCAAGGAUGUAUGAUUAUGAUGAAGGAUGGACUAUGUAGCAACACACAGAAAGCAUGCAUUCAGACAAAGAGGUUUGAGUUUGGUCAGUGUAUAGUUAUGCUGUCAGUGUAUAGUUAUACUGGAAUCACAUCAGUCAAGGAUUAUGAUGACCCAUUUAUCCAUUAUAUCAGAUAAGUGUUUACACCCCGUUUGAAAUGUAUUACACGCACAAAAUACCUUAAUCAUAAUUUGUCAAUCAUUCACUUAAGUACAUUAUCAACUGAAGGGUGUGUUGUCCUUUGUCCUGGAGCCUUUUCAGGAGGAUGUAACAUUACAGAACGUUCAGAUAUAAAUGUAUCAUGUGGAACAGAUAUUAUUGUCUGUCAGAUAGAAUAUAGAAUUGUGUCAGCUCUAUUCAUUCUAUUUCUAUCUGCACCAUUCAGCGAGUUCCACCUCCCUGAAUACACCUCUGAAUAGGCAAUAGCCUACAUGUACAGUGCAUACGGAAAGUAUUCAGACUCCUUGACUUUUUCCACAUUUUGUUACGUUACUGCCUUAUUCUAUAAUUUAUUAAUUUUGAUGAUUUUUUUCCCUCAUCAAUCUACACACAAUACCGCAUAAUGACAAAGCAAAUACAGUUUUUUUUUACAUUUUUGCAAAUGUAUUAAAAAUAAAUAACAGAAGUACCUUAUUUACAUAAUUAUUCAGACCCUUUCCUAUGGGACUCGAAAUUGAGCUCAGGUGCCAGGUCUUCCAGAAGGACAACCAUCUCUGCAGCACUCCACCAAUCAAGCCUUCAUGGUAGAGUGGCCAGAUGGAAGCCACUCCUCAGUAAAAGGCACAUGACAGUGGGCUUAGAGUAUUUCAGGCCUAAUUUACAGAAUGAUGGUCAGACCUGCAAGUGCCAAUAUGGAUACCUGGUGAGAUUACUUUUGUACAGCUAUCAGUAUUUAAGUAGUUGUUUAAAAACUUUUUUUAACCAUGUUUAUUUUACCUAUGUUAAAGAUGUUAUGUUUUAUGUCGUAGAUUAUCUGAUAUUGACUAAAUAAAAUGUGCUAACUUUUAAUAAUUCUAGUACGGUGUCCAGGUUGGGAAAUGAUUUGUAAUCCAUAUGCUGGAGUUGUACAUGUGAAAUUUGGUUUUAACAAGCAAAAUGUAUGUUUCUGUACUUUCAAGUACUUGAACUAGACUUUUUUAUAUGCAAUAUCAUAUUGCAAGUCUAAUGUGGUGCUCAUUUAACCUGUACAGUCAGAUGAGUGGGUUGCCUUUUCAUAGCUCCUUGUAAUCAUGCCUUGUAACGAUCUUAAUUUUCUUCAUGACACUUCCUGACGUGUUUGCUUGUGCGUGUACGUGACUACGUCUCUGUGCAUUCGGAUCUGCGUUACCUUAAAAAUGCAAUUCGGCAAUAAUUUGACAAGAUCUACGUCUUUAAAUACCCAAAAAAUAUUUUAAUGACUAUAAUCAUUCGCUGUUUUUUUUUUACUGCAUGCAACAAGAGCUUUAACAUCCAUGUACUGUAAAGAAACUGAAACUGCUGAUAAAUUAUAAGAAAGAACUAUAAAACGAUUUGUACUUUCCCACAAUAAAGCAUGAUUUGUCAAAAGAG